GCGGCUUCUCAGCGCGGGCACCGUCACGUCUUCAUCCGGCAAGGACAGGGUCAGGAGGAGAGUACAUCCUGGUGCUUAAAGGAUGCUCCAGUAGACGACACUGAUAGCCUACGUUUUCUAUAUUGCACCGUCAUGAUUGGGAAGGGGCCCGAGCCAGAGGCCACGUCUUUCUGGCGUUUUGGAUGAUGCUCUGAUGAUAGGUCGGCUGACUUGACAGAAGAAGCCGCGUUUAGACAGACAGAGAAGACUUCCUGACGAGCCCUACCGAGCAAAAGAAGAACUGCGCGGCUGCUUGGGGAGGAGGCUGGAGAGAAAAACUGACACGUGGAUUACUCCUCCUUCGGCAUCAGGGAAAACAGAUUGCCUCCUGUGCAGCUCAGCUUCGUGAUCAUCGCCUCUGGUCUUGUUAGUGCGGUCUUAUAGGUAAUGGAUUAAAAUAUCGCCAACCCGAGAUGUGAUUGCGCACAUAUACUUCCAGAGAAGACUUGUUUUUUUUGUAACAUUUUGAACAGGGGACUUUUUCUGACAGUUCGAACAGCGGAACGAGUAUCGAAAGUGAACAGCCGAAGCGGUUGAGAGGGGGCUGCUGUUACCUCGCGUUGAAUGGCAGUUCUUCAAAAAUAUGGCAAGAACUAUAGUCCAGAUUUGGUCUGUCAUAAGGAAAACCAUCCGUCUGACAAGAUCGGAGCACCUGGGUGUCACAAGAAGUGGCCUGAACACAACACCAACUGGUCAAGGCCAGUGGCGAGGGUAUGGACGGUGGUGCUGCUGCUUGGGACGUGCCUCCUCUACUGCGCCCGUGUGGCGAUGCCCAUCUGCGCCGUCAGCAUGGCAGAGCAGUUCAAGUGGAGCAAGAGGGAGUCCGGCAUGGUGCUGGGCAGCUUCUUCUGGGGCUACUGCUUCACCCAAGUGCUCGGAGGUUACGUCAGUGACCGGGUUGGCGGUGAGAAGGUCCUCCUGCUGUCGGCAGCAGCCUGGGGGUCGAUGACAGCCUUCACCCCGAUCCUGGCCCACUUCUGCUCCCAGCCGAUCCUCUCCAUGACACUGGCCCGCUUCCUCAUGGGCUUGUUGCAAGGAGUUCAUUACCCCUCUCUGGCGAGUCUGUGCUCUCAAAAGGUGGUGGAAAGCGAGAGAGGCUUCCUCAUGAGCACCGUGGGUAGUGGCUCCUACCUGGGCACUCUGGUGAUUGGAGGCGCUGGCUCCCUCAUGUUGGACCUGUAUGGCUGGGAGAGCGUUUUCUACGUGUCUGGUCUCCUCUCAGUCCUGUGGGCCUACUGCAUGUGGAAAUACCUGCUCAAAGGAGAAGGGCCUAUCAUCACCCUGGAGUCCCUGGGAAGUGGUGGGCCCCAGUCCAAACUGUCCAAAAGACACUGGUUACGGCUCCUCAAGCAACCUGCAGUAUGUGCUGUGAUCGUCACGCACCUUUGCACAGCGAGCACCUUCUUCACCCUUCUGUCGUGGCUGCCAACAUUCUUUAAAGACACUUUCCCCGAUGCCAAGGGUUGGGUGUUCAAUGUCAUUCCCUGGUUGGUGGCCAUACCCUCAUCCCUCUUCAGUGGCUGCCUAUCUGACCACCUCAUCAGUCAAGGCUUCGAUACAGCCUCAGUGAGGAAGUUGAUGCAGUUUUUCUCCAUGGGUGUGUCCAGUGUGUUUACCCUUCUUCUAUGUGGCAACACCACCUUCCCUUGGGCUGUAGCAUUUGUGUCUGCCACCAUGGGCCUCACCACCUUCAGUCACAGCGGUGUAUCUGUAAAUGUUCAAGAUCUUGCUCCUUCCUGUGCUGGAGCAUUAUUUGGUGUUAUGAAUACAUGUGGUGCUUUCUCAGGGGUCCUAAUGGUGUAUUUUUCGGGGUAUCUCAUCGAGUCCACAGGCUCGUGGGCGACUGUGUUUGCCCUUAUCACCACAGUCAACCUGCUGGGCCUGUGCACCUUCCUGGCCUUCGCUGAGGCCCGCCGGGUCGACAUUGAUUCUAGUAAGGUCCGCCACCACAACAUCCACAUCUAAAUCAUCAGUGGGACUAGAAUCCUAUUCCCAGAGAGAUAUGACCAUAGGGCAACCUGCAGCUUGGAGGACUAGCCAAUGGAUAGCAAUUGGCACAUGGAUAAAGCCCACAUAUAACAUCUGGAAAACUUCGCUCGGCUCUGCGUCUGGUUGAGGACGUACUGCAACAGUUACUGAAAAGCACACAGCAGAGCCUGCACAAUGUUAUUGAAACGUCAUGUAAAGCUAGAGCGUUGAAUCCUAAAAAAAAACACAGUUUAGCUGUUAGUGGAUGUUUGGUCAGUUCAGGGUGGAAUGGGAAAGGUCACAGGAGAAAAAUGUCUACACUACCUCCCGGUCCCAGCGUGCGCAGCAUGCGGUGGGGAAACAGUUGCUGGGCUAAUGUUGGCGCUUGUCAUUUGUUACUUAUAAGAAGAUGCCAUGGAAAUUGUUAUCCGUUGUGUCUGUGUGCGUGUCGGAGGAGCUGUGAGAGUGAUGGAUGUGUUAGUCUCAGGAGCUCUCUGACAGUUGUGAUGGUGUUCUAACCCUACGGGGGGUGGGGGUGGUGUUGUGGGCACAUGUGGGUGACGCAGGGAGAGUCAAGCCUCCUCGUACCUGAAGUCUUUUAUUAGUGCGCCCCGCUCACUGAGUGUACUGUCUGAGUGACACCUCAUUACCCAGCCACUAAUUACUUAGCGGGCACUCUAAAGUCCCGUACGAUUUACCUUCUACUGUCCCCAUCUCCAUGGUUACAAGCUCAUCUUAUCGUUAUAGGUUGGUGGGGGUGAAAGGCGUCACGGUAACCUUCAUGGUAACAAGGCUUUCUCUGAGUGUGUUCUCUCUGGUUGUCGUCUUGAAGGAUAUGUUUCGAGUAGGAAGACCAAAGUUUAAAUAAUUCUUUUAUUUUCUUUAAGUGUGAUUGGAUGUAAUAGAAAUACCUCACUUAAUUAUUUUGAGUAAUUAUAUAUUUAUAAAGCAAAAUUUUUUUUGGUCAGUUUCAAACUUUUUUUGAAAAGAAAUGUAUUAGGUAAGAUGACAGAAAAUCAUAGUAAGUUAUAAAAAAAAUGUGAUGCAGUAUAAAUAACCCUAAUAGACCUUUUGUGCAAGUCUAGAUUCCUCACUUGUUUUCUGACCUGCACUCUCCUCUCUAAGGAGACAGGAUUGGUGAAAAGAAACAUGUCUGUAUUAGCAUCUUGGCGAAAACUGCACAGGCAGACAAGCAGUAUCCCCAGCGUGUGUGUGUGUGUGUGUGUGUGUGUGUGUGUGUGUGUGUGUGUGUGUGUGUGUGUGUGUGUGUGUGUGUGUGUGUGUGUGUGUGUGUGUGUGUGUGUGUGUGUGUGUGUGUGUGUGUGUGUGUGUGUGUGUGUGUGUGUGUGUGUGUGUGUGUAAAGAUCUAUCGUUGUUACUGCACUUGACAUCAUUGUUACAUUGGCGUGGAUGCCGGAUGUAUUUGGGAAGGAGAUAGUUAGGAGGGAGCCCAUUCACUUGCCAAGGUGGUGUCAGAUGUAGUGCAUCUCCACUCAUUAAAGCAGACUUGAAUACCAGAGUCUCCAUGUUACCCACUGACAAGAUGAAUGUUGAGAGGUGAGAGAUUUUAAAGUGAUACGUUGGGUCCACGGAGCCCCGUAAGGUCAUAUCUGUUUUAUCUUGUGCGUGCAAGUUGUUUGUCUUGUGGAAGCAAGUUAUUACCUCGUGCGUGCGAGCAAGUUAUUAUCGUGAUUAUAACUUGUACGCAAAAGUUUUUUUUGUAAAAGUCUUUCAGGACAGGCUCCUUACAAUGCUGGAGGAAAUUUGGUGUAUUGGUAUUACUUCAAAGUAUGUAGCAAAUGAAGCUAGCCGCGUAGCUCUGGCUGAAUGUUGAAGAGAUUGUAGCAUUUCGAUGUGGCGUUCACAGCACAGUAUCCGUUUUACAUUUUGAAGAUUUCUUUUUCAAUCUAGAUGCUUACUUGACAUGUGUACCUUGAAUCUAUGCAUUAAUUAUUUUGUACCUGAUUUAAGCCAUGAGAGGAUUGUAAGAUAUGCUCACCGUGGUCACAUGUUGCUUCUGUGUAAGUUGUUACAUACAUACAAAGGCACCUAUGCUUACGUUGGUUUGGAUGUUUUUCUAUAAACACUUGUGUGUGUUGGUGUGUGUCCUUUAGGUUGAAUAUCUUGUCAGUACAGAUUUGAUUACUGAAAUGCCAAAUAUGUUAUUUACAUUGUCAUGGUCAAUGGUUGCAAAAAUGUGGGCAAUAUUUUCAUACCUUAUGCUCUCUGUCUUUCAGAGUAAAGAGGCAUUAUUCUGUACUUUCCUACAUCAAACGUAUUUAAGUUAUCUGUUUGUGUGUAUGUUACAAAGACACAUAAACCUACUGACUAUGUUGCAUAACUUAUUUUAAUAUCUGAUCAAUUCUGAAUGUCACUAAGUGUAUGCCUAGACCUUUCAGACACACAUAUUUAAAUAAGACCGCUGUACUAAAUACUCAAUAUUUUUUUUUAGCUUUCUUUUGUCAAACGCCACACAUUCCUCAAAUGUUUUACCGGCCUUAGCAGAUGUGCAUUAUUUACGACUGCCUUCAUCGCUUGUCUCUAUUUUCCCAUUACUGUAUUGACAUUCUGCAAAAUGUAAACAUUUCCCAUGCCAACAUAUCAUACUGUAGGCCCCUGAAAGCAUUCUGACCCCUAGUUUUUGAUGACAUAUAUGAUUUAAAAAAUGACAAUAAUGCAAGAAAAUGCAGUGUUCUAAUAUGAUGACAUAUUUAAAAGCAUAUGUUAACUUUGAAUAAAAAUAUAUUUUGUCAGCAA